CUGCCGUGAGGGGGUGGGCUGACUGUGAGGUUUGAAUAGGGAAGUUUGCAGAGCGCAGUGCUACCAUCCAGUUCAGUGUUUGCAAAUACAGAUAGUUACACGCAAGCGAGGACCGGUCAUCUGUUAAAACAGCACUUGUUUGCAUCGCAACUGCAUGCAAGUACAUCAACAGGGAUACUCGGUUGACAUCAUUGCCAACAAAUAUUUUUUUUUCUAAAUCUUUGGGGGUUUUUGUAAAACGAAAAAAAUUAAAGUGCGGCCAAAUAGGCUUUCACCACUCGAGACUUGGAAAUGGAUGUUCUACCUAUGUGCAGCAUCUUUCAAGAACUUCAAAUAGUUCACGACACGGGCUAUUUUUCCGCUUUACCAUCGCUGGAGGAGUAUUGGCAGCAGACAUGCUUGGAGCUGGAGCGGUACCUACAGAACGAGCCCUACGUCUCGUCGUCCGAGCUCAAGUUCGACGGCCAAGAGGACCUCUGGAGCAAGCUGAUCCUGGCCUGCGAGGAUAAGGCCAAGGCCGGGGCGGAACCAAAGACCCCACUGGUGCACGACGAGGACCACCAGGACAGCCAGAUCUUGGACAGCAACAGCGUGAACUCUGACGCCAGCAGCGAGGCGUCCGACAGUUCGGAGGAGCUCUCCCCCACGCACAGCUUUACCUCCAACCCCCUGGGCUCGGUGUUGGUCGGAGCCGGACCUUUCAGCCCCUCCGUCAUCAGCACGCCCCCGUCCUCCCCCGAACCCCCCCACACGGAGCCCGGCGCGGCGUCGCAGGGCUGGGGCAGCAGCAGCACGCACGCCGACUUGCACUUGCCCGUCAAAAUCAGGACCUCGGGGGUCGGAAAGAGUUCGGACAAAUCGGGACUGGUCUGCGGGGAGGGUUCCCCUGACGGCCGGCGGCGGGUGCACAGGUGUCACUUCAACGGCUGUCGCAAGGUUUACACGAAGAGCUCCCACCUCAAAGCACAUCAGCGCACCCACACAGGGGAGAAACCAUACAGGUGUUCAUGGGAGGGAUGCGAGUGGCGUUUUGCACGAAGCGACGAGUUGACCAGACACUUCAGGAAGCACACUGGGGCAAAGCCAUUUAAAUGCAGUCACUGUGACAGAUGUUUCUCAAGGUCCGAUCAUCUGGCCCUUCACAUGAAGAGACACAUCUAGAGGGGAGCAGGACAAAACUCAAAACCAACCAACCAACCAACCAACCAACCAAUGCAGCAAAAGCGGGGGAGAUAAUAAAUAGAAAAACGAUGGGGGGAAAAACUAAACAAGCAAACAAACAAACCAACACAACGAAAAAGAAGAGAAAUGUCAUCUCCCGAGCCGACUCUUGGUUGAACUGACUCCAGAGCAGAGCGGUGGCGGGAGGGGGGAGGGGGGGGGGUGUUCCAGCCAAAGCAUGCCAUUUUGCACCAUACUGAAAACCCAGUGCCUCCGGGACGCCUCUUUGGAGAGCAGCCGCUCCGAAGGUUGUCCGUCGCCACGAGAGGACAAAAUCAUGAAUGGAAGAAUCUAUUGAGGGAAAGGCUUGCGAAACAACGAGAAAAUUCUGGAGCGAAAGAGAGAGAGAGACAAAAAUUCGGUAGAACAAAGACACACACAAACAUACAUACACAAACGCAACACAACAAGAAUGAAUGAUCCGUAUGUAUGGUGCAUGAUGUUUUUGAGAACAUCUUCCCGGACAGCAGAUACACUGGUACUUUACGAAAAAUGAAAAACACACAAAAAAAACAAACUGUCUGAGGUAAGCAUGUGUGCACUGUGAAUGUUUGGGACUGGCAGACUGGCCCCUGCCACAGGAGAGACCAGAGAAGGGGCUUUGGUUGACUGGACAGAAGGGGGGGGUGGAUGACGGGGGUCGGUACCUAUAUUGCUGUGGGUUGGAUGUGGGAGGCUUCUAUUGGAACAGGGUAUUUUGGUGCUCCAAAAGAACUGUUCAGAAGUCCUGGCCACGUGAGAAUGGGGAGCAAGGGUACCCGCGUGUGGGUCACCAGGACUGGGGUUUGGGGGUCCAUCGCCAGAGCCUUUUUUUUUUUUAGAGCCUCGGAUCCUGACUACUAAGGGGUCGGGGGUGGGGGAGGGGAAUGACUCAUCCCCUCAGAUUGGGGGGCUCCCCCCACUUCCCAGUCUUUGUAUGAGAGAUGCUUCUUUGGUGUAUUUUGGUGCAGCUACUUAAUGUGCAAUGUGUUCUGUAGCCUGGUUUAUUUUAUUAUGAUUUUUUUUAUACAAGCUACAAAGCUCAUUUGUAGUCCCAAUUGUAUAAGCUGUGUGCUUAGAGGUAUAACACAAUUAUACUAUAACUUCAGUAUCAUAGACAGAUGUUGCAUGGUUCUAGGGUUCUUCUUCACUUUCCUGUUUCCACUGUAAUCAGGACUGCAAAUAGUUUCAAUAAAAGUGCAGCUAAAUUGCUAAUGGUUAAAUGUUACAAUGUUGUACAUAAGCCUUGAUAACUUUUAUUUUGACAUCACCCCCCCCCCCACCCCCCCCCCCCCGAUUCAUCUGCAUCAUAUUUUUGUAUCUUUUGGCUGGCUUUUCCCCACUGCUUAGCUUACUGAUAAUGUGUAUCAGUCAUCGAGCUCUUACUUUCACCCAUUCUUAUGCCUUGAGGACUAAUUUGACGUUUGUACUUCCUUUCCGUUUUCUAUCUUAAUAAUGCACUGUUGACCUUAAUGGUGCCUUAUGCAAGUGACUUAGCCCUCUAGUGGUCGUUUCCUCCCCUGGAGCUUGGAAAAAAAGUCACAUGUUUUGAAUGGGUGAAUUUAAAAAGAAAAAAACCACACAACAAAAAAAAUAAACUCAAUCAAGGUUCAAUUGCUUGUGAGCUAGCGCCUCCAGUUUCCACGUCUGCUGUCCCUCCCCAUUUUGGAUUUGAUGCUUUCAGAGUGUAGAUGCUCAGUAAGAGCCCCUCGUUGGUUGGAUACGUCUUUAAGGAAAACAAUAGUUGAUUUAAUCGAUGUGUAUAUCUUUUUAAUAAUGUAUAAUUUCCCCAUUUGAGGAGUUAAAAACAUUGUAAAUAUGCCAAAUUCUGUAUGUUGAGAGCACUUAAAUCAAUUUAUUAAAGACAUUAACUACUGUGUAGUAUGUAUUGUAGUCCAUCGCACACAGCUUAACAAAAAAAGGUACAAAAUUAGCAGCAUUUUGAGAACAUGGUUGAAUGGGCAAUACAAACUACUUCAGUGCUCCUGUUUAAUGGCAAAGCAUGGCAUAGACUGGGAAUACAAUCUCCAAUACAUCCAAUCCCCCCCCUCCCUCACCCAUACGCAUAAGAAAUUUCUUCAUCCCUGCAAGCAGGACUGAAGGAAAAAGCUAAAGAUUUAUUGUAAUUAACAGGCUGCAGUUGGACAGGCCUUGCCUUGUACUGGCUCUCUGUAAUGAAUUGCUAAAGGCUUUGUUGGCAUGGAAUCCGUCACAGACUGCUGACUGUGUAGGUUGGUUAUUGACCUGUCUGGGGAGCGUUGUUUUAGCCGAACUGCAACAGUAUUAUAAAGCGGGCAAUGGUGGGGGGGCGGGACGGAUAAAGAUCAUCCAUUUGAUUUGACCUGUUGUUGGUAUAUGUAGAAAAUUGGCAGAGUCCCCAUCUCCGGUCGGUAUUUGUCUUUCAGUGACGCUAUGUCGCCUCAUACAAAAUACUUUAGGGGGGUUGAUUAGUGGAAACAAAUGGUGAACAUAGCAGGCUAGAGACCAAAAUAAUUUUGCAGGAUAUAACUGUUCAUGCUCAACGUGAAAUUCCAGGAGAGCCAAACCGCUAGCCACUGUGAUAGAAGACGCUCUGUUUUGUCAGAGUUUGAUGUUGCAGCAAGUUGCAGCAUGGCAUGCGGCGGCAUAUGGAUUUCAGAUCAAUCGGUGGAAAGACACAGGAUGUGUACAAACUUGAAACUGCUUGCUGGGAUGGAAUUAGAUUGUUGGCACGGCCUUUAUGGACAGGAACGUGGGACAUCCAUUGUUUGAAAUGGCAGGCAGUGCUGUUCAAGUGGUAAUUGAGCCUUGAUUUAGUCCCAAUGUUUGUUUGCAUUUUAAAGCCCUUUCCAUCACUGCUAUCUUCUCGCUCUUUCUCCCUCACAUCCACAACCCUGACACGUAUCCUUCAUUCAACCACAGCUCUUUGUUCUAAACAGUCUUUGUAUAAAAAAAAUCAACUUUUGUAAAAUUGUUAUGUUUAUGCUUUAUGAAAUUUUUAUUUGAAAUUGUUUUGCAAAAUUGUUAUAUUUCUGUAUGAAUGUAUUUUUUAUUGGAAUAAUAAGAAAUUCUUAUCUGA